AUGCGGGCGGGGGCGUCGGGGCGGCCGGCGGGAGGAUAUGCAGCACCCCGCGCCCCCGCACCUCACCGCUGCCCCAUUCGCCACCCAACGCUAGAGGGGUGGGGGGGGGGAGGGGCGGGGGGCGGGGAGCGUUCACACGCGCAGCUCUGUGGGGGGGGGCGUGGGGGCCGCCCACCCCGCCCCGGGGGGGACGCACGGGCCCCGGCGGCGAUUGACCCCACCCGGGGCGUCAGAGGCGCCUGGCCCCGCGCCCCGGCGCAACGGCUAGUGUCGCCCUCCCUUGAGCAGUCUUGGGACGCCAUCGGCGCACUGCCUCCCGGGUCCGGCCGGCGGGCCCAUCCGCCGCUACCCCGUUCUCGCCCCUGCCAACCAAUCCCCCUCUCGCACCCCCCCCAACCCUUCAUGCUCGCAAAGGCGAGUCAGCGCUACACCUACGGUCCACCCCCGGACAACCCCGCCUCCUUCGGGUGCCGAGGGCCGCACGGGGGGCCGGUGCGAGCCGCGGCGCGCUAA